CCUUCUUCGCCAGUAGAUUCACCCGCCACCGCCCGCUCCCGCUCCACAUAAUCGGCCGCAGCGAGCAAAGCAAGCAACUCUGCAAUUUGUGUUGUUCUAAUCAAUUUCCCUCCAACUCGCGUCCCGCCCUUCCUCUUCCCCACUUUCAGAAGCGGCUGAGGAUUUAUUCGAGUGGGAAAGAAAUGAAUUUGGCUGUGUGCUCGUCGACUUCUGUAGAUGUCAAAAGCGCCUGUCACGAGGGUCUGUUGUGUGCCAAUGGGAGUUUGGUGCGGGCGUUCAAGCCCUUCCUGAAAGUUGGUUAUUUUGCUAAGAAUGAAGUGUUGGAGAAUCUUACCAAAAUGGUAAGAAGUUGGUGGUAGCUAGCCAGGCCGUUCCUGGGCGCUUGCAGGCGUCUUUCAUUGGGGAGAAACAGCUGCAGGAGCCUAUUCGAGAAGUGGAAUUCGUGACACUAUUGAUUGACAACUAUGAUAGUUAUACCUACAAUAUAUACCAAGAGCUGUCCGUUGUCAAUGGGGCCCCUCCUGUGGUGAUUCGAAAUGACGAAUGGACUUGGGAACAACUGUGCCAUGCAUAAUUUGUAUAAAGAAAAAGCAUGUGACAAUAUUGUCAUAUCACCUGGACCCGGGACUCCGACAUGUGCAGCUGAUAUAGGGCUAUGUCUUCGCUUGCUACUUGAGUGCAGGGAUAUUCCUGUUCUUGGUGUUUGUAUUGGUCACCAGGCUAUGGGUUAUGUGCAUGGAGCUCGCAUUGUACAUGCAACAGAACCAGUACAUGGACGCUUAGAGUGAGAUUGAACACGAUGGGUGCAGAUUGUUUAAGAAUGUACCUUCUGGCACAAAAUCUGGCUUCAAGGUGGUACGUUAUCAUUCUCUUGUUAUUGAUGCAGAAUCUCUACCAAAGGAACUCAUACCAACUGCGUGGACUACUUCCAGUGGGACCCAUUCUUUCCUUGAAACACAUAGCUCGAGUGCCCUUCCUCGUGAUUUUGGCCACCAGAUUAAGCAUGAUGAUGGUUAUCAUAAUCUACCACCAGCAUCGCAAGAUAUGAGCUCUUGGACUUUUAAUCACACAUAUGAAAUGCGAAGGAAACAAGUUAUCAUGGGCAUUAGGCAUACUACUUGGCCUCAUUACGGAUUGCAGUUCCAUCCCGAGAGCAUUGCAACGUGUCACGGUAGACAGAUUUUUGAGAACUUUAGAGAGAUCACCGAUAAUUAUUGGCAGAAAUUGAAGUCAGCAUCUAUGAAUGGGCAUAGAACUCGUUACACUGCACGUAUGCAGGUGCCAGAUGCUACUCCACUAUUUAAAGUUCCUAGGAGCUGGCAGGUGCUAUGUAAUGCAAGCGUUGGAGCAUUUGGAGGUGCUUCUUUAAGAAAAGAUUUAAAAGGCGACGCAGAUGACAACUGUGCUGGAAUGUCUAGUAGGCCAGCAUUUAUCAGUAAACAUCUGAAGCUGGAAUGGAGAAAAUUGGAUAAAUUAGCUGCACGCGUUGGUGGGGCAAAAAAUAUACUUUCUGGACUUUAUGGCAAGCUUGAAGGGAAGAAUACAUUUUGGUUAGACAGUUCGUCAGUAGAAAAGAACCGAGCACGGUUUUCUUUCAUGGGAGGUGUAGGUGGAUCACUUUGGAAGCAAAUGACAUUCAAGUUGUUGGAUCAGAGUGAUAGGCCUUCUAAAAGUGGAGGUUACUUAUCAAUUGAAGAUUCUCAAGGGUCUACAACAAGCAUAUUUUUGGAGAAAGGCUUUCUUGAUUUCUUAAAUAAGGAGCUCCAAUCAUAUGAUUAUGAUGAAAAAGAUUUUGAGGGACUACCUUUCGAAUUUUACGGUGGAUACGUUGGUUAAAUUGGUUAUGGCCUCAAAGUUGAAUGCAGCAGGCAAUCCAACCGACAUGAAUCUUCCACACCAGAUGCCUGUUUUUUCUUUGCUGACAGCUUUGUAGUCAUUGAUCAUAGUACAGACGACGUGUACAUAAUGUCGGUACAUGAGGUAGGCAAAAGCAGCUCAGAAUGGUUGGAGGAUACUCAAAGCAAGCUCCUCCAUUUACACCCUACUGUUGCAGCUACUGGCUUAAAUGACGAGAUCCCACAGUCUUGUACCACAUUUACAGCGGUCGAGGCAAGUUUUUGUGCCGAGAAAUCUAGAACGCAGUAUAUCGAAGAUGUUGAGAAGUGUCUGGAUUACAUCAAAGAUGGUGAGAGCUACGAGUUAUGUUUCACUUCUCAGUUAAGGAAAAGAGUAGGAGAUAUAGAUUCCUUAGGCCUUUACCUUCACCUGAGAGAGAAAAACCCUGCACCAUAUGCUGCAUGGCUUAAUUUCUCGAGUGAAGACCUGUCCGUCUGCUGUUCUUCACCAGAAAGGUUCCUUCGCUUGGACAGAGAUGGUGUACUUGAAGCAAAGCCCAUCAAAGGCACGAUAGCUCGUGGCACAACAAAGGAACAAGAUGAACAACUUAAGCUUCAACUCCAAUAUAGAGGUAAAUGCAGCUGGGAGUAUAUACGGCAAUCACUUCCGUGUUUCCACAUUUGGAGAAUCUCAUGGUGGUGGUGUUGGAUGUAUAAUUGAUGGAUGCCCCCCUAGGCUACCCCUCUCUGAAGCUGAUAUGCAAGUGGAUCUUGAUAGAAGGAGGCCUGGUCAGAGCCGAAUUACCACCCCCAGGAAAGAGACUGAUACAUGCACAAUAUCUUCUGGUGUUGCUGAAGGAGGAAUACAUACAGGUUUUACAACUGGAACGCCGAUUCAUGUGUUUGUACCGAAUACCGACCAAAGAGGUCAUGAUUACAAGGAAAUGUCUUUGGCUUAUAGGCCUUCUCAUGCCGACGCAACUUAUGACAUGAAAUAUGGUGUCAGAUCAGUGCAGGGUGGUGGUAGAUCCUCUGCAAGAGAAACAAUUGGAAGAGUUGCAGCUGGAGCUGUUGCGAAAAAGAUUCUCAAGCAAUUUGCUGGAACUGAGGUUUUUGCAUAUGUUUCUCAAGUGCACAAAGUUGUUCUACCUGAGGGUGUGGUUGAUCAUGAGUCACUGACACUCGAUCAGAUAGAGAGCAAUAUCGUCAGAUGUCCAGAUCCUGAGUAUGCUGAGAAGAUGAUCGCUGCGAUUGAUGCUGUCAGAGUGAAAGGAGACUCAGUCGGUGGCGUUGUAACUUGUAUUGUGAGGAAUGCACCACGUGGGCUUGGAUCACCAGUGUUUGAUAAACUUGAAGCCGAGCUGGCUAAAGCUGCAAUGUCACUACCAGCAACAAAAGGCUUUGAAUUUGGCAGCGGGUUUGCAGGUACAUAUCUAACAGGUAGUGAACAUAAUGAUGAAUUUUACAUGACUGAAGAUGGUAAAAUAAGGACUAGAACAAACCGUUCGGGUGGGAUACAGGGAGGAAUAUCAAAUGGUGAAAUCAUACACAUGAGAAUUGGUUUCAAGCCCACAUCAACCAUCACCAAGAAGCAGAAUACAGUGACGAGAGAUAAACACGAAACAGAGCUGAUAGCUCGCGGCCGCCAUGAUCCUUGUGUCGUCCCAAGAGCGGUUCCCAUGGUUGAAGCAAUGGUAGCCCUGGUGCUAGUCGAUCAGCUAAUGGCACAAUUUGCACAAAACUACAUGUUCCCGAUCAAUCAGGAAUUGCAAGAAUCCUUUGAGUCGCCGAACCAUGCGCCUGCCAAUGUCUGAAUCACCUACACUUGAGAUUUGGGCUUACAUAUUUGUUGUCAGUCGCCCUUAGCUUCCUCUUACGUCGCUUUUUGGUCCCUAUCUUGGUUUCUUUUUGGUCGAGCUUUGAAAAUUUUUCGGAGUUGAUUCUGUUGUGUUAUUUUGGCUCUAAUGUGUGCUGAUUGAUGUCUUGUUAGUUGUUACUGUUGGAAUGAUCUGUAAUACUUCUAAUUCUAAAUAAGCUUAUGUAAUGAAAUUUUUAGCAGGCUCAAGUGGUAGGGAAUAGGAAUAACCCUAUAUGCACAUAUCGGAAGUUAUUUCAAUUCAAAUACAUGAUCUUUUGCCUAAAUGUUUUGAU